GCCGCGCUGGCGGCUUCUCGCGGCUUCCAGUCCUCCCGUAGCGCUGCGGCUGCGUCGAACUUCAAGAUGCCCGCUAUGUCCCCAACAAUGACGGAGGGAACUGUUGCGUCGUGGAAGCUCAAGGAGGGUGACGGUUUCGCUGCCGGUGACGUUAUCCUCGAGAUCGAGACCGACAAGGCACAGAUGGACGUCGAGGCUCAGGAAGAUGGUAUCCUUGCCAAGAUCUUCAUCAAUAACGGGACUGCUGGAGUUAAGGUUGGUACUCGGAUCGCUGUUUUGGCUGAGCCUGGAGAUGAUCUCGCGACGUUGGAGAUUCCCGCCGAUGAUGCAGCAGUAGCGGCCCCCGAGCCCAAGGAGGAGUUGAAGGAAGCGAAGAAGGAGCAGGAUAAGGACGCCAAGGCAUCAGCCAAGCAGGAGACCAAGAACCCAGUAACCCCCGAAACCGAGGACGCCCCACGAACCUCCACCCCUCUCUCCCCAGCAGUCAUGGGUCUCCUCCACAAAUACCACCUCGAAGACGCCGUGAACUCCAUCAAAGCAACCGGACCACGAGGACGUUUGUUGAAGGGAGAUAUUCUGGCACACUUGGGCAAGAUCGAGAAAGAUGCUUCGAAGAAUUUGAAGGAGUCGUUGGCGAAGUUGGAGAAGAUGGAUUUGAGUAAUGUUGUUAAGGCUGAGAAGCAGCCUACUAAGGAAGCCGCGCCCAAGGAGGAGGGAAAGAAGGUGAAGGUUGCGGAUGUUGUUGUGCCGGAGGUUAAGCCGCCUACUGUCGUCGAUACUGCGAUCAUCUUCGACAAGCUCAUCGCACUCCAGCAGAAUCUCCAGGCUCAACUCGCGGUCUCGGUCCCCAUCAACUCCUUCGUUGAGAAGGCCGCUGCGAAGGCAUUGAAGGACGUUCCUACCUUCGCUCUUCCCAAGCGUUCUGCGGCUGACGAAAUCUUCGACGAGUUGGUUGGCGUUAAGUCUACUCGUCCCACCACCACCUUCACCUCCACUCCUUCCCCUACUUUCUCUCCUAUCCUGGCUGGUCUCGCCACCGCUUCUCCUGCUUCCGCGCUGGCCGCGAAUAGCACUCCCUUCGGCGGCGCAGUCUCAAUCGGCGCAGUCCCUCUCCCCGCCAACACCAUCAUCGACUUCAAGCCCGUUCUUCCUACUGCGGCCAAGUACACCACCACCUCCUCCUCCGUCCCCGUCGACAUAAUCGACAUCUUGGCCGGUAACUCCGCUCCUGUCCAGAUCGCCCCUAAGGCGCCUACUGUUUUGGGAGCGAACGUCAUCAAGGCCCAGUUGGAGUUGAAUGAGGAAAAGGUCUGCAAGAAUUCCGCUAAGGCAUAUCUUGGGCGGUUGAAGGCGUAUGUUGAGAACCCUGAGCAGUUGUUGUUGUAG